UUACUAUUAAGUCACUGUCAAAAUUGUCAAAGCAACCAAAAAAAAAAUUGUAACCUGGUUUGUCAAAUUUUGUAGGGUUCAGGUCAGGCUGAAAUUCAUUGGAUUAUUUUACUUAUAUGGUAGCCGUAAUAGUUAAAUAAAUGGCAUCAUCGCGACUCCAGGCUACUGCCCGUCAGCUAUCGAAAACAUUUAAGAAAAAAGGUAGAUUUGAAAUAGGGAUAGCUUCAGAGUUACCUCAAGCCUAUAAGAAGUUUUGGCGUGAGUGGAAAGUACUCAAACCAGCAGCCGUACACUUCGUGCCUCAAGAGGGCAAAUGGAAGCGUGACGAACUGACAGGGGAGACUUUGCCGAUACAAAACAUAGCAAUUCCAUUGAAAUAUCCCUCUGAAAUCCAUGACGGAAUAUGGGGUGGUGAGGCUGUUAUCAAAGGAUUUCAAAAACGUGAUUCACGCCGACGUCGUGUACCCCACUACUGGGUACCAGUGCUAAAAAGGACUGUAGUAAAGUCUGAGGUGUUGAACACACAUUUAUCUGUAACAGUCACUGAACGGACUAUUAGACUCAUUAAUGAUCACUAUGGAUUUGAUCACUAUUUGCUCAAAACACCUGCUUGUGACUUAGUGUCUAUGUUGGCACUGAAGUUGAAGAAACAGAUACUAACUGAACUAAUGAAUGGGUGCCCAAGACAUGCAUAUGACCCACAGAAACAAAAGGAAAUUUAUGAAGAGUACAAAACAUACUUAUCAUCGUAUACUCCGGAAGAAAUUGAAUGGUACGGAUUGACUUGGUAUGAAGCCUUAUCUAAAGUAGCCAAACUAAAGGAGGCCGCCAAUAAGCCAAUUCCACUUAAAAAUAUAUACAGAAAGAACCUUGUGGAGAAAUUGAAGGCAGCGGGUAUUGAGGGAAGUGCUAAGUCUGCUGAAGAUAUUGCAAGCACUACCUCUUGGCUCUCCAAAAUGAAUCCAUUUGGUAAAAAAGAUGAAGCUUAACUUGCAUGUUUAUAUAGUUGAAUUUAGUUUGAUCAUCAAAAUGUAUAAAAUUGUUAUGUUUUAGACGAAGUGUAAUAUUGAAUUAGAUAGACAUGUUUA